AUGCCAGCAUUGAGUGCCUACGAACGGCCGGUGGGUGCUCCGGAUGUCGACAAGACCCUGACCCGAAAUCGGAUGGGCUACUUCAUCUGCUUCGAUGUGUCGGAUGACUCGAUGGCUUCACUGCGGGAGGCCAUGGCCGUCCAUAAGAUGCUCUCAGAUUCCUUGGAGAAGGCCCAAACAUGGUCCCGACGUACCCUGACGCCACACAUCUGGCUCGUCGGCUGCCAGUCGGAUAAGGCGACCUCCGAGGCGGAAGUGAGGAAGAAUGAUCGUCAUGCUCAGGCCUAUGCGGAGCAGCACGAGCUCAUCUACAAAACCACGUCAGCGAGGCAGCACAAGGGCGUGAACGAAGUGUUCAUGGAGAUGAUUCAAGCCAUCAGUUCGCGCAUGAACCUCUGGACGCUUGAUGCCGACGUGGAUGCGGAGGAAGAUGACGAAGACCAACAAGCCUGUUUCUCCCAAUGA